AUGAGAUCCAGAAGGGAAGGACAGAAUAGCAAAACAAAGGACCUGAAACUCAAGAUCUACCACCUGAAUAUCCAAAGAGGACUACAACAGAAACUUGAUAAACUGCAGAUUGAACUUCACCUGUAUUCUCCCGACCUGGUCAUCCUCUCUGAGCAUGGCCUGCGGAAAGAGGAGCUCCUUAGUACACACAUUCCAGGCUACACUUUGUCAACAAACUUCUGCCGCUCACACCUCAUGUGGGGAGGUAUAGCCAUGUACAAACGGGAUAAUACAAACCUAAAAAUAGAUGAAAUCAUACCUGAAGAAUCACUCCAACCUUCUGAACAGACAUUUGAGACAAUACUUCUGAAAAUUCAACUCAAGAAAACCAACCUUAUAGUCAUAGGCACCUACAGAUCACCUGAUCCUGGAACGCUUAAGGACUAUCUGGAGAAAAUGGGAAACCUGCUGCACCAAUACUCCUCAAAAAAUUUCGAAAUAGUAAUACUGGGAGAUACCAACAUAGAUACCCUGAAAACUGAUGGAAAAAGCUAUAAAGAGCUGAAAAACACACUGAAUCAGCAUGGAUGUUUCAUUCACAAACUGCCCGCAACUCGAAUAACACCUACUUCAGCCACAAGCCUUGACGGAUGUUACCACAGCCUGCCACCUGAUUACAUCAAAGUCACUGUUUACCAAAACCAGAUAUCCGACCACAAUUCAAUUCUCUGCCAGAUUCAGCAUAAAACAGAACCCAGGAGAGUAAUGUUCAAAUUUGCCAGAAACUACUCAAAAAAUAACCUACACAAACUAAAAUACAGACUCAGUCAGACUGACUGGGAACAGGUUAUAAACCAGGACUUGAUAGAGGAUAAAUAUUCAAACUUUGUAAAGAUCCUGCGCCUCAACAUAGAUGAAGCAAUGCCCAGAGAACCAAAGAAAAUUACAUCAACUAAGAACGUGUUCUGGGACAACAAUACCAUUGCUCUAAAGGAUCAAGUACAUCAGGCAAAUAAUAAGUUCAUUACUACAGGAUCACCAGAGGAUAAGCAGAACUUUAUAAAACUUAAGAAAAUCUAUGAACAGGACAUCCAAAGAAAGAAAAAAUCCUACAUUAACAAAAAAAUCCAACUAGCUGAUAACAGAACCAGAGUACUCUGGAGGAUAAUAAAUGAGGAAAGAAACAGAAGCGGGUUGGGAAAAAUGGACAACUUAAGACUCAAGAAAACUAACAAAAUGAUAGUUGAUCCAUAUCAUGUUAGCAACCUCCUCAAUUCUGCCUUCACUCAGCCACCCUCUGAGACUGCUUCUGAAAAUACCUCUGACCAUAUCCACCUGGCAAAUAAUAAACAGGAGCUCAAAGAAUUCGAAACCAUUCCAAUGGCCAAAUUAGAGCAACUCCUUAGAAAUCUCAAACCUAAUAACUCAUCAGGACACGACGAUAUCACUGGCAAGAUAAUUCGACAUUGUGAGCGUGAACUAAAGCUGCCACUCCUUGACAUAGUAAAUGCGUCAAUUUCCCAGGCUGUUUUUCCGCAGAGCAUGAAAAUCUCAAAAAUUUUCCCAAAUUCAAGGGAGGUGACAGGUUGA